CCCCGCGGUGCAGCCGUCGCCGCCGCGCGCAGGCACGCCGACCCCGGAGCCACUCGUGCACGCCGCCCGGGCGCACUCGCCCGUGCCGUCGAAGAGCCACCCGAGCGCGGCGCAGCUCGAGGCGCUUCACGCGGCGGCGGCGUCGGGCGACCUGCGGCGCAUCCAGACGGAGUUCAGGAAGGCCGUGCGCGCGGAUGACGUGGAUCCGUUCGAGCUUGCGAACGACGCCUCGCCGCGCACGGGCCUGACCGCGCUGCACGCGGCUGCGAGCCGGGGGUACUUGGAGAUCGUGAAGUGGCUGGUGGACGAAUGUGGCGCGAUACCGGACAUUGAGGACAAGGAGGGCGAGACUGCAUUGCACAAGGCUGCGUUGAACGGUCACCUGCAGGUCAUCUCGUAUCUGCUUCCAGGGAAGUCCGACGUUCAUGCCCGAGACGCAGACGGGUGGACUGCGUUGCACAACGCAUGCUCAAAGGGUUAUCUCGAUAUUGUUCGCUGGCUUUGCGAACGUGGAGGUGCAACUUCUGAAGUCGAUGGGGCACCCGGUGUUGACGUACGCAGCAAGGGCGGCUGGACGCCAUUGAUGAACGCUGCUUCGAAGGGACACCUUCCGGUGGUUCUAUAUUUAUUGACUAAGCAGACCGCCGACCCGCUUGUGAGGAACAACUGGGGAGAGACCGCAUACGAUGUCGCUUCAGCCGUCUUCGAAGUCUGGAUCUGCGAGGUACUACAAAGGUUUGAAGCGGACAAGUGGCGGAAUUCGGCCGUACCAUUCAAUCCGUUGGCCGUACACACUACCGUUCCACUCGUACUGUACGAAAACCAACGUUUGGAUGUCAGGCUGAAGACUUUGGCAGUCUCCGGCGGUCGUCCCAAAUUCUCUGCAUCUGGACUAGGCAGGCGUGGUCAGCGUGCGCCGUUCGAACUGAUACUGCCGAAUCCAUCGGAGACGAGCGGGAACAGGAUCGGAGCAUGGCGUAGCGAUGUCCAACUUCCUCUUCGCGAAGAUCCCUUUACCCUGCCCAAACCUGGGUCGUCGCAGGAGGGCGCAGAGCGAAGUCACUUCUGGCUGUCUGACUGGACGUUGGAUGUAACUCCUCCUGGAGUGGACGCGCAGGACGGAUGGCAGUACUCGCACUCAUUCACCGACCCAGACGACCAAUGGGUCUCAGAGGCGCCCCCGCAGCUCGAGCGGCUCCUGACAGGAAACGGGGCGGUCGCCGCCGGGCUGGGAGGAAGCUCUCGCAACCGCAGCAGCAGCCGCGCGAGCACCAGCACGGGCCCGCACCCGCACGGGCCCCAUACGUGGGUGCGGCGGCGCCGGUGGGUGCGCGUGAUGCGGCGGAGGCUCGAUAUACCCCCGCUGCCGUUCCUCCAGCCGGACGGUGCGAUGUACCACCUGGUGGACGGGCAGCUGAUACCCUUCCUCGAGCACGACGGGAGCGACUAUGGAGGGAGUGAUGGGCAGGAGCUGGGCGCGAUGCCGAGUUCUGGAUUGGGAUCGCAGGACUAUGUGGCUCGUGCGAGAUACCUAGUCGGGGCCCCUCAAGAUGGCCAUGAUGCCGAUUCUGCGCUGGAUGCUCGCCGUAUGAUUGCGAAGCUUGAGCGUGCCACGACUGAACUCAGGCAGGGAAUUCUGACCGACGAAGAUAGCGAGCGUCGCAUCCAAGGGGAGGUUCUCCUGAACGCUUAUAACCGCGAGCUUGAGAGGCGCAGACUUUCUGCUGGCGCACAAGGGCUGCUCAUAUCGGGUGAAGAUGAUUACGACUUUGACGAUGAUGAUGACGAGGAGGAAUUCCGCUAUCCCGGCGCGCCAUCCCCUCCAUUGACUGCACGCCCGCCCUCGCUCCGGUCCACAACAACAGAUUACUUCGCGCGUGCGAGCGGGUCCAGCUCGAGGACACCGGCAGAUCUUACGCCGCACCUCUCUCAAGCUCCUGAGUUCCGUGUGCCCACGCAUGAGGCGCCGCAGAAGGUGUUGACCCCUAGGUGGACGGCGCCGACGCCGCACCAAGUCCACGCUCAGUGGGAAAGAGACGAACAUGUAUCAGAAUGUCGGGAAUGUCGGCGACGCUUCAACUUCUUGAAUCGCAGACAUUGCCGGCGGUGUGGACGCAUAUUCUGCGAUCGCUGCUCUUCGUAUAGGGCCCUGCUCGAUCCGUCUGACAUCGUGCACGAUCCCUCCUUCCCUGAGGCCACACUUCUUGCUACCCAGCAGCGUGUGUGCCAGGGCUGCUACGAGGAAGUGACGGCAACGGUGCCCACUGGGCUUGCCACAUCGCGCACAAAUUCGAUGGAACGGAUAUUCAUCGACCAGAGGCGGCUCUCGAUACCUAGCCCAACGCGCGGGCAGUCCAGCUCGCAGCUUAGCGACCUUGCGGAAUGUCCCGUGUGCAAUGUCUCCUUGGACGACCUCGGUACUCCCGACGUACAGGAAGCACACGUCAAGAACUGUCUGGAGGGCGGUAGUGGCAAGGUGCCCCAGACUGCCAAAUACCUUGUGUAUAAGCUUCCCGCGGAGAGUGCACUGAUUGGCACUGAAUGUGUUAUAUGUUUGGAAGAGUUCGUUAAGGGUUCUACCGUGGCUCGGCUGAGCUGCCUGUGCAGCUUCCACAACGCUUGCUUGUCAUCCUGGUUACAACGUGGCCGCAGCUGCCCCGUACAUGCCCGCUGAGGCCCGCGCCCGCGCUGUUCUUGCUUCGUACAUAUGCUAUCGCUCUGACUAUGCACCUGGAUAUGGCCUACUGCUACACAUUAAUCGUUACAUCCCGAUAACAUACCUAGCACCGUCUCUACUCGUCUCGCGGAAUGGAAAAGGGGAUGCGCGCUUCGUCGAUGCGGAUGAUGCUCGACAGCUCCUCCGUGUCCGGCUCGAUGAUGUCCUGGCCCUUGAUCCCGUCCUCCUGGUCGUCCUCGUCCCACCACGCGGGGCGGCCCUCCUCCUCUUCUUCGUCAUCUUCUUCGUCGUCAUCGUCUUCCUCCAUAUCUGAUUCCGAGGGCUUGUAUGAUAGGAAUGCCCACAUGCGCUGGUCCAUCUCCGCCCGUGUAAGCUGCUCGCCAGGCGCGACCUCGCCGCGCCGCCGCCGCUUAUCGAGUAGCUUCUGCUUGUGUUCCUGUUCGCGGACGAAUGUGUCGUGUAAGAUCUGGUCCGCCUCCGUGUACGACAUCGCUGCUGUGGGCGUUGCCCCUGCCCCUGCCCAUCGCGCGAGCGCGCGCUGCUUUGCGCCGAUGGGCUUCGGGGGUUCUGGCUGUGUUGGAGAAGAGGGUCCGGGCGCGGCGUCAACGUUCAUGGAAUGUUGGUCGUCGCGGAUGGUCGUCUGCUCGAGCUGGUUGCGGAUGCCCUCCACGCCGAGCUCGCCGAGGCGCGCCCGUAUCGCGGCCUGCUGGUCCUCGAGCUGCUUGAUGAAGGUUGAGCUAGAGGUUGAGGUUUCGGCGAGGGUGCGCGCGUUGCGUUUGUAGCGCUCCUCGAGCUCGCGGAGGGAGAGCUUGUGGAUGGGGGCGUUGGUGAUGUUCUUGACACCAUCUGGCUUCGGUGGGCGCCGCAUGAACGACGGAAGAUCUGAGUUCUGUUUGCGGGCUCUGGUUGGGGACUGCAUGUUGUAGC